AUGCACAAUUCCCUCUGGCAGACCAGGGACAUCUCCUACUCAGGAUGUGCUGCACAGCUCUUUUUUUUUAUGUUUUUCAUGUCAUUAGAGGUUUCCCUCCUAACCAUCAUGUGCUACGACCGCUACGUGUCCAUCUGCAAACCCCUGCACUACGGGACCCUCCUGGGCAGCAGAGCUUGUGCCCACAUGGCAGCAGCUGCCUGGGCCAGUGCCUUCCUCAAUGCUCUGCUGCACACAGCCAAUACAUUUUCCCUGCCCCUGUGCCAUGGCAAUGCCCUGGGCCAGUUCUUCUGUGAAAUCCCACAGCUCCUCAAGCUCUCCUGCUCCAAAUCCUACCUCAGGGAACUUGGACUUCUUGCUGUAAGUAUCGUUGUCGCCUCAAGCUGCUUUGUCUUUAUGGUUUUUUCCUAUGUGCAGAUCUUCAGGGCCGUGCUGAGGAUCCCCUCUGAGCAGGGACGGCACAAAGCCUUUUCCACCUGCCUCCCUCACCUGGCCGUGCUCUCCCUGUUUGUCAGCACUGGCUCUUUUGCCUACCUGAAGCCAUCCUCCAUGUCCUCCCCAUCCCUGGAUCUGGCCCUGUCAGUUCUGUACUCGGUGGUGCCUCCAGCCCUGAACCCCCUCAUCUACAGCCUGAGGAACCAAGAGCUCAAGGCUGCAGUGUGGACACUGAUGAGUGGGCCAUUUAGGAAACAUUAA